CAUGAACAUCUGGUGACUUGCAGCUCAUGAUAGGUUGAGGGCUGUGACGUCUGGGGCUGAGAUGUGGACCUCUUGUUCCCAUGGAGUCAUCUCUUCCAGAGUCUUCCAGGCCCGGCAAUCAUCCUUCUGCCUGGGCCUCCUGGCCCAAGAGAUAAAAUGAGAAGGGUUCCGUGUAGCAGCUGGCCCAGGAGAUACCAGCAGAGGGAGAGCAGCAAAGAAGCAGCCUGUUGAGGUGCUCCCAGGAGGAGGAGCUGGAAAUGCCACUACUCAUAGAUCCUUAAGCUAACAGCAGUUCACCCUCGUUGUCCAGAAGACAGGUCCAGAGAGGAGGCCUAGAAGCAACAGCUCAAGAGAGGCAUUUUCUGUGAUCAAGUGGAGGAGAGCAGCCUUCAGCGAUGGGACACGCCCUGGGUAUCAUGAGCUGUGACUUGCAGGCAGCAAGAAACAACGAGGAGCACCACACCAAGGCCAUCAGCUCCCGGCGCCUCGUUGUGAGGAGGGGGCAGUCCUUCACCGUCCUCUUGCAUUUCCGUACCCCAGUCCGCAGGUUUCUGCCUACCCUGAAGAAGGUGGCCCUCGUCAUACAAACUGGAGAGCAACCUUCCACGGCCAAUAGGACCCAAGCCAUCUUCCCGAUUUCCAGCCUUGGGGACCGAAAAGGGUGGAGCGCGGCGGUGGAGGAGAGAGAUGACCAAUCCUGGACCAUCUCUGUGACCACACCUGCAGAUGCUGUCAUUGGCCACUACUCACUCCUGCUGCAGGUCUCAGGCAGGAAGCAACGCCUUUUGGGACAGUUUACACUGCUCUUUAACCCCUGGAAUAGAGAGGAUACUGUGUUCCUGGAGAAUGAGGCUCAACGCAGGGAGUAUGUGUUGAACCAGAAUGGCAUCGUCUAUCUGGGCACGGCUGACUGCAUCCAGGAAGAGUCCUGGGACUUUGGUCAGUUCGAAGGGGAUGUCGUGGACCUCAGCCUGGCCCUGCUGAGUGUGGACAAGCAGGUAGAGAAGUGGAGCCAACCCGUGCAUGUGGCCCGAGUGCUGGGUGCCUUGCUGCAUGCUCUCAAGGAGAAGAGUGUCCUGCCCACCCCACAGACCCAGGCUGCCGAGGAGGGGGCCCUGCUGAACAAGCGCCGGGGCAGCGUGCCCAUCCUGCGGCAGUGGCUCACUGGCCAAGGGCGGCCCGUGUAUGAUGGUCAGGCCUGGGUGCUGGCUGCUGUCAUGUGCACAGUGCUGCGAUGCCUGGGAGUCCCUGCCCGUGUGGUCACGACGUAUGCCUCAGCCCAGGGCACUGGCGGGGGCCUGCUGGUGGAUGAGUAUUACAAUGAGGAGGGUCUCCAGAAUGGGGAAGGCCAGCGGGGCCGAGUCUGGAUCUUCCAGACUUCCACGGAGUGCUGGAUGAAGCGGCCUGCUUUGCCCCAGGAGUACAAUGGAUGGCAGAUUCUGUACCCAACUGCUUCUGGAGGAAGCGGAGUCCUGGGGGCCUGCGAUCUGGUCCCUGUCAGAGCAAUCAAGGAGGGGAUCCUAGGGCUGAGCCCUGCAGUGUCAGACCUUUUUGCCUCGGUGAACGCCUCGUGUGUGGUUUGGAAGUGCUGUGAGGAUGGGACGCUGGAGCUGACCAGCUCCAACACCAAGUACGUCGGCAGCAACAUCAGCACCAAGGCCGUGGGCAGUGACCGCUGUGAGGACAUCACGCAGCACUACAAGUACCCUGAAGGAUCCAUUCAAGAAAAAGAGGUGCUGGAGAGAGUCCAGAAAAAGAGAAUGGAACAAGGGAAAGACAAUGGCAUCCCUCCCCCCAGUGUCGAGAUGGCCGAUCCCCUGUACCUGUUCUUGGAAGCACCCAGCUCUCUACCCCUGAGAGGGGAGGCCCAGCUCUCAGUGAUCCUGGUUAACCCUAGCGACCAGGAGAAGGCCGUGCAGCUGACAAUUGGGGCCCAGGCCAUGUACUACAACGGCGUCCUUGCUACUGAGCUCUGGAGGGAGAAGCUGUCCCUCACACUCAGUGCCAACCUGGUUAAGAGAAUAACCACCAGCCUGUCCUUCUCCUAUUUUGAGCCACACCCACCAGAGAACAGCUUCCUCAGACUCACGGCCAUGGCUACACACUCCAAGUCCAGCCUGAGCUGCUUUGCUCAGGAAGACGUCGCCAUCUGUAGACCACAGCUUGCCAUCGAGAUGCCAGAGACAGCAGAGCAAUACCAGCCUCUGACGGCAUCAGUCAGCCUCCAUAACACCCUAGACGCCCCCAUGAAGGACUGCGUGAUCUCCAUCCUCGGGAGGGGACUCAUUCACAGAGAGAGGAACUACAGGUUAGGCCCCGUGUGGCCUGGAAACAUGCUGUGUACCCAGUUCCAGUUCACACCAACACACCUGGGGCUCCACAGGCUGACUGUGGAAAUGGACUGCAACAUGUUCCAGAAUCUAACCAACUACAGAAGUGUCACUGUGGUAGCCCCUGAACUUCCAGCUUGAACUUCCAGCUCUUUCACCACUCUCCCCAACCAGCCCUUGAUGUUACAAAUCUAACACCAAACCUGUACUGGGAAGGGAAACUUUGCUCCUCAAGACAAACUCAGGUUGAGCAGAAGAGUGACCAAACACAAACUAGAUCCCCAGGAAUCAAUAGAUAAGACACUCAUUUCUGUCACCCCAGCCGAAGACACCAUGGGCAGUGGUUUUCUUAGAAUAGAAACUGCUGGGCUUGAGUGAUAAGAGGAAGCUUUUGAAAAGGUACCCAGUGGGGCCAGCCUUGUGGCAUAGUAAGUAAAGCCUCUGCCUCUGAUGUGCGCAUCCCAUAGGGGUACUUGUGUGAGAUGCGGCUGCUCCACUUCCCAUCCAGCUCCCUGCUAAUGGCUUGGUAAAACAAUGGAAAAUAGCCCAAGUACUUGGUUCCCUGACACCUGCAUGGGAAACCCAGAAGCAGCUCCUGGCUUCGACCUGGCACAGUGCUGGCAAUUGCAGCCAGAAAAAGCAAAUGGAAGAUCUGUCUCUUGCUGUCUCUUCCCAUCUUUCUGUAACUCUUUCAAAUAAAGAAAUAAAUCUUAAAAAAGAAAAAAAAAAAGACAAUGAAAACUCAUUUGGGUGUAGGAGUUUGGCACAGUGGUUAAGUCACCACUUGGGGCACCUGCAUCCCAUAUAUUAGAGUUCCCGGUUUGAGCCCUGGCCUGUCUACUUCCAAUCCAGCUUCCUUCUAAUGCGCACCUUGGGUAGCAGCAGAUGAUGGAUCAAGUACCUGGGUCUCUGCCACCGUGUAGGUGGCCCAGAUUGAGUUCUAGGCUUCUAGCAUUAGACUGUCCCAGGCUUGGCUGUUGUAGGCAUUUGGAAAAUGAACCAGAAAAUGAGAUCUCUGUCUCUGUCUCUCUGCCUUUAAAAAAAAAAAGAAAAAAUUUUCAGGGAUGGCACUGUGGCAAAGUAGGUUAAGUCUCUAUCUGCAAUGCUGGCAUCCCAUAUGGCUGCCAGUUCGAAGCCCAACUGCUCCACUUCUGAUCCAGCUCUCUGCUAUGGCCUGGGAAAGCAGUGGAAGAUGGCCCGAGUGCCUGGACCCCCUGCACCCAUGUGGGAGACGAGGAAGAAGCUCCUGGCUCCUGGGUUCAGAUGGGUCCAGCUCUGGCUUUUGCGGCCAUUUGGGGAGUGAACCAGCAGAAAGAAGACCUCUCUCUCUCUCUCCCUCUCUCUCCCUCUCUCUGUCUGUAACUCAUUUCCUAAUAAAUUAAUAAAUCUUUUUUAAAAAAUGUGAUAUUUACA